GUGUAGUGCACAAACAGACAAUAGACUGAUACUAAAUUAGGAGAACUGUAGUACAUGUGUGUGGGAUUUCAAAUCCCAUACACAAAUGAGAGAUAGAGAGAUAUGGGAAUACAUAGAUAAAUAGAACUGGAUAGAUAGGAACAUAGAUAAAAAGAAAGAGAGGCAAAGAAAAGCAGCAGAAAUCUUAUCCUUCAAAUUAGUCCCUUUCUUCAGCAGGAGUCUGCCCCCCCCUUUCUGCUCCCUCCCUCGCUCUGUCAAGGCCACAUUAUUGUUUCGCUCCCUAUCAGGCUGAUUUACAUACAGAGUGCUGAAAAGGGAGUGGAGAGAGGGAGGCAGGUGAGACUGGACAGUCCACAACAGGAGAGCAACGAGUGCACUUCACUCUGCAGUCGUGCUGUCAGUAGAGUUGCAACCAAAGGCGCCGUUAAAAGGGGGGGGGGGGAAAGAACCGCUCAACCUUCUCUUGCCCUCUCUCGGCGGCCACGUCCAUGUAAACACAGACCGUGUUGAACUGGUUCCUCUUCUCUAGCGUCAGCCCUCAGGGAAGGGGGGCUUACUCCACUGCAAGACAUGCCUUCACAGAGGAGAGCAGACGGUGGAGUGACCUGCUAAAGAAGGGUGAGGAACGAAGCGCAAGUCAGAACAACAAGUGAUUCAGUGGGUCAGACUGUACGAGGGAAGAGCGAGAGGCGGUGUUUUUCCGACCUGCAGAAGAUGGACUACAUCCCCAAGGUGUGGCACUCGCAGGUGGUGCCCCUGGAGCACGAGCUGGAGUGGGGGUCCGGUGUGGGCCAGCCAGAGUGCUCCAUCUGCUACAACACCUACGACAACGUCUUCAAGACGCCCAAGUUGCUGGCCUGCACGCACACCUUCUGCCUGGAGUGCCUGUCACGCCUCAUGGCCGCCUCGGAGGCCGACCAAGUCGACGGACGCAUCUCCUGCCCCUUCUGCCGCCACCUGACGCCCAUCCCGGAGCGCGGCCCACCGGCGCUGACCACCAGCAUGGAGGUGCUCAGCAAGCUGCCCAGCCACCAGCAGCGCGAGGAGGCUGUGUGGCUGGAGGACGGCCGUCUGUGCUACAAGCGCCCGCUGGACUCGUCCUCUUCGUCCACCGACUCGGGCUUCUGCAUCUGCAUCGACAUCGCCGCGGCCAGCAGCAAGCAGGAGCCUCCUGUCCAGACGCAGACACACCGCUUCGGCCUCCUGGAGCGCAUGACCGAAUGGAAGCGACUGCUGCUCUUUGUGGUGCUCAUGGUGCUGCUGGUGGUCAUCGUGCUCUGGCCGCUGCAGUGUAUUGUCACCACCGGCUCCCUGCGCUGCCAGAUGCGGACCGCCGGUCACAUGACCACCACCACCACCACCUCCCCCUCCACCGCCCAUCUUUAACGUUUUUCGUCAAGUAAGGCUAUCUUGGGGACAAAGGUGCUGUCUCCAACAAACACACACACACACACAGCUCACAAACACACACUCACAGUACAUUUUAGAACUCUCUAUCAAACAUCAUUACAUGCACAUAUGCAAAUAGGUAGCAAUCCACCAGGCCUAAAAUGUACACACAAACUCACAUAUACAUGCAUGCUAAAUACACACUCUAACACAUCUGGAAAAAGCACUACAGACUACAGGAUGCUCCCAGUACUACACGAGUAGUGUGUGUGUGUGUGUCAGUUUACACCCCCAACCUGCCCUGCAGGCUGAAGGCAGGCUUUUUUGGAGCUCAGGGGAAAGAGGAGAACACAGAACAGUGUGUCAGACAAAAGCCUUGCCUCAGGAACUCUCCACACGGAGUCUGAGCGCCGAGCGCUGAGCCAAACAAGCAGAAAGGAACUGACGUUCCGUUUACUGUGAAACUACUGGGUUGAAUAUUAAGACUUUUUUUCAACACUACAGACAUAGUUAACAUUUAACACUAAAAAAAGGGUACAAACUGUUGUUGAAAACUGACCAAGGAUACAGAGGGGAAUUAUGUGUACAAGGGGAACGGAAUGUUAUGGCACUGUCAAUGUGUUCAUCACUUAGAUCUUACAAUGGAAUAUUCUGCCUCUGUAGAGUAAGAAAUGUUAAUUGUGACUGGAUUGCACAGGGUUGACGGCUGAACGAUUGUGUUAUCAUUUUUCCCCAAGGUUGACCUUUUCUUAUCAAGGCAUACAUUCUAAAAAUGAGAGAUUUAAUCACAUGAAAACAACUUUUCAUGAUAAGUAUCCAAGUCACAUGUCUGUCAUGCAGAGAAAAGCACCCUAAUAUGCAUGACCAUCAAAGUUUAUUUAGCCUAUACUGUGGUUUUGAAACAAUAACUCAAACAAGCCUUAACAUAUGUUUUUGUAUUAUUGUAUAUACCGUAUGUAUAUUGUAUAUUUUGUUGAUUGUAUAUUGAAGACACAUUUUGUUUACAAAAGAAUAAAUUAAU